AUGAAGGAUCAAUUUGACAAUUAACAGAGAGAUAAUGACCAGUGGAGUGAUUUUCACUUCGAAGAUUCAAGUAGAAACAAUCCGUUUGAUAAUGAAAAUCAAACUUCAAACCCCUCAACUCUAAUUACCAGAGCAGACUUCAUGUCUCAUAUUCAGAUUCCCAUUUCAAACAUAAAUAGAGUAAUUAUACCAUCAAAUUCAGUAGGGAAUUCCUUCAAAAGAACUUGCUACGAUAGAGAGAUUCUAAAAGAUAUGAUUACUGAAGAAGAAUUCAAAAAAGUAGUUGAUGAGUUAUGUAAAAUAGCAUAGAAGUGCUAUUCAUAAAAGAGAGUUCUAGAUAACAGCAAAAUGGCUCCAAUUAUAAGUCAGCUAUACUUUCUUUCAUUUGCUUUGAUAACAUCAUUUACCUUCUUAAUAUAUUAUGGAACAAUCUGGCAGUGGACUGUAUUAUUAAUAGCUGGAAUUGUUGCAUUAAUUGCUGGAAUAAUAAUUGUUGUUGUAAUAAUGCUGAAGUACUUGAUAACUGAGAAAGAGUUUCCAACUUUUGAGGAAAUGGUUAAGAAUUCAUUGGAUGAGUACUUUUCACACAUCAACAAGUAAUUUAUGAAAAGAGGGCUAUGGUGGAGAGCUAUGCCAGGGCAUUAUUGGGUAGAACUCAGAAUAGAUUAAACUUUGAAAGAAGAUUUGCAGAAAAUUGAGAACUUGCAUGCUAUUCCUAAUUUGGCUUAAUAACAAACUCUGAAAUAUUCAAUUAUGUUCAAGCAUGACUUAAAUGCUAAACAAUAAUAAUCUAGGCAGCCGAAUAAUAUGUUAGGUUAAAAAAGAAGAAAUUAGAUUAUUUAUUAUCAAGACAUGACAGAAUAGUCUAAUAAUGUUCCAGGAUAAAAAGGAAAUGAACCUCCAGUAUUAGAUUUAGAAAAAUCAGAUUCACCGAGAGUUAAACUUCCGAUAGUCCAUGAGAAUAAUAAUUUCAGUAACUCUUACUUAUUCAAUAACUCCUUCAAUAAAUUGAAUCCAACUUAGCAACAACUUGAUAAUAUUUAGAUUGAGAAUCUCGAGGAUACAAAGAAAGGUCUUCUAUUUGGAUAAUUAAAAAAAAAUAACGAUACUGAAUCUUAAGACUUCACCAUGUUUUAACAAGUAAAGAUGGAUGAUUCGCCCUUGGACACUAGACGGACAGCGAAGAAUAAAUUCAAUAAAUCUUCUUAAGCCCUAGUCUAUAAGCCUACUUUCGAUCCAUAAGAAGAAACGAUCUCAAAUGGAAAUCAAAGAUAAUAAACUAAUGAUUUUUUGUAGAUACAUGCAGAUGAAAAAACAAGGCUAGCUAACUCUAGAAGAGAACAUCUUUCCAGCUAAUCGCAUCAAUUUUCCUAGCAAAACAUAAAUCUAGCUUUUAAACCGAGAUAAUCUAAAGCUUCAAGGAAGAAAGCUCAAAUUUACAAUCUUACUGACGAACAUUACAAAAUAUUUGAGAAGGAGAAGGAUAAGACUAAACAUGGUUGGAAUUGA